GCGGUGAAGAAGUCCUGACGACGACGCUUCGAAAGUAUGGUGCAUCACUGAAUCUUUACCCAGAUUCCAGCGUAGUACCAAGAGCUCCAUGCUCCUUAUUAUAUAAACGUGCGGGCGCCCAAAGCCAUUUUAUCCCUCUUGUGCGAAUUUGGGUGCAGGAAUAUACCGAGUUUGAAUCACGGGUACGAGGGUUCUUGAUAUAUCAGUGGGUUUCGUAGUUGCGGAAACGAGGGGUAAGUUCCCACCCUGAACCCUAUAGAUUAAGGCAGUUAAGGGUAUAGAUAAUGGUUUUCUAUUCGUGAAUCGUCUCACUCUUGCUGCAAAGUUGGUUAAUUUAUAAUGGAAUACCCCGUGUUUGACGCCAUGGAUAUUCAAUCUUGUUAAUUUUGAAUGGUUCAGGGUUUUGGUAUUGACCAGGGAAUCUGAGGAAGAAGACAUGGCUUCUUCAGAUGAUGAAGGUGAAAUGGUACCAAAAAAUGUGUCAGAGUAUGAAUUUCUAUCCGACAAUGGAGCGGCAGUUUCAUUCUCCAGAUUACCAAUUGAUUGGGAUGGAAGUGGGGUUCAAAAUGAAAAGAAGCGACGAACAUUUUUUUUGUCUGGGAAAACUGAUAAUGGUCUUCUUAAAAUAUACAAAGAGGUUGUUGCUUGGAAGUUUGAGCUUUCACAUGGAAGGCCGGAGAUAUCUGUGUUAUCCACAGAGGGCCACUGGAUCAAGCUUCUGAAACCAAGGAAUGCUUUUCAAGACAUAAUAAGAACAAUUCGGAUCACUCUACAUUUCUUAUACUUUGCAAGACGGAAUCCCCAGCAAUCAGAAAAGGUUUUGUGGGAUUAUCUUAACAAGACUUUUAGCAUGUUCGAGAGAAGGCCUUGUGAGGAUGAUCUUGCAGAUAACAUGCAUUUAAUUAAUGAAGCUGUUAAGAGGGAUGAAGCAUUGGCUAACUCAAAGCUUUUGAGUGCUUUUCUAAAUCAACCAAGGAAGCGGAAAAUUAUUAGCGAGGAUAUAAACCCCCCUUUUAUAGUUGAUGAUGCCAAUGGGGACGAAGGUUUCGAGGAAUAUCUCAAGCUCAAUGGAAGUGAUGAUGAUGGAUCUGAUGAUGAUGAUUGUUUUGACUCUGUUUGUGCAAUAUGUGAUAAUGGCGGUCAUAUAUACUUAUGUGAAGGCCCGUGCAUGAGAUCAUUCCAUGCAACAGUUGAAGAUGGUGAGGAAUCUAAUUGUGAAUCUUUGGGGUUUGAUGCAGAAGAACUAGAAGCAAUGAGGAGCCUUCCCUAUUUUUGUAAGAAUUGCGAGUAUAAGAAACACCAAUGCUUUGCUUGUGGAGAACUGGGAUCUUCUGAUAAGUCUUCUGGUGCUGAGGUCUUCUGUUGUGCUAAUGGAGCAUGUGGGUACUUCUAUCAUCCUUCCUGUGUAGCAAAUCUUCUCCAUCCUGAUGACAGAGCCGCAGCAGCAGAACACCUGAAAAAGAUUGCUGCUGGGGAAACAUUUGCCUGUCCUGCACACAAGUGUCAUGUAUGCAAGGAGUUGGAGGUGAGGUCAAAUCAUGACUUGCAAUUUGCUGUUUGUCGGCGUUGUCCCCGAGCAUACCAUAGAAAAUGUUUGCCAAGGGAAAUUGCAUUUGAAGAGGAUGUAGAUGAGGAAGGAGAAAUUUUACAAAGAGCAUGGGAUGGACUAAUUCCUAAUCGUAUAUUAAUCUAUUGCCCAAAUCAUGAAAUUGAUCCAGAAAUUGCCACACCUGUUAGAGACCAUAUAAAAUUUCCAGGACCAAAGAAUGAUCAAAAGAAAAGUUUAUCAUUACAAUCUAGAAAACGGCAGGAUCUGAUAAAGGGAAGAGUUUUCACUUCUGAUGAUAAUGCUGGCAAGAGAAUCCCAGAAAAAUCAGCUGUCAACUUGUCUUCCAGUUCAAAGCAAGGCGAUUUCUCCAGGAAAAUAAUAAAGAAGUUGCAUGAGCUGGAACCCUCAAAGAAGGUCAAAGCAACUACCAACAGGAAUUCUGUUGGUAAGUCCAAAGAAACAGCAGAUCAUUUGGGGAAACCAUGUUUAGGUGAUAGGUUAUAUGCAGCAUUUUUUGAUAUGGAUUCUGAACCUGAAAAAUCGAGCACUGAAGAAACCAGUCGUGAUGACCAGCAGAGAACUCAGACUGUCAAACCUAAUGCACUGAGGGUAAAUACUUCUGUGACUCUAGAUGCUGAUUCGCAGAAAAGGAUAUUGGCUUUGAUGAAAGAUGCUUCAUCCUCAAUAACCUUAGAACAAGUUAAAGAAAAGCACAAACCACCAUCCACACAUUCCCAAUAUUCAAGAUUUUAUGCAGACAAUAUUACGAUGGGGAAGGUGGAGGGUACCAUUCAGGCAGUGCGAACGGCAUUGAAAAAAUUGGAUGAGGGUGGUAAUGUUGAGGAUGCUAAAGCAGUCUGUGGCAAAGAUCUCCUUGGCCAACUGAUGAAAUGGAAGGAAAAGUUCAAGGUAUAUCUUGCACCGUUUCUGUAUGGCAUGCGCUAUACAUCUUUCGGUCGCCAUUUCACCAAAAUGGGUAAACUUAAAGAGAUAGUUGAUAUACUCCACUGGUACAUUCAAGAUAAUGACAUGGUGGUUGAUUUUUGUUGCGGAUCAAAUGAUUUCAGCUGCCUUGUGAAGAAAAAGGUUGAUCAGACGGGAAAAAAGUGUUCAUUCAAAAAUUAUGAUAUCCUACAAGCAAAGAAUGAUUUUUGUUUUGAGCGUAGAGAUUGGAUGGGAGUAAGACCAAAUGAGUUGCCAAAUGGAUCCCAGUUGAUUAUGGGGUUGAACCCGCCCUUUGGAGUUAAUGCUGCCCUUGCCAAUAAAUUUGUCAAUAAAGCUCUCGAGUUCAAACCCAAGCUUAUAAUCCUCAUUGUUCCCCGGGAAACCCAGAGAUUAGACGAAAAAGAAUCUCCUUAUGAUCUGAUUUGGGAGGAUGAUCAGAUGUUUGUUGGCAAGUCCUUUUAUCUACCUGGAUCUGUUGAUGUCAAUGACAAACAAAUUGAGGAUUGGAAUGUUAGUGCACCGGUACUUUAUCUGUGGAGUCGGCCUGACUGGACACCCAAACACAAGGCUAUUGCUAAACGGUAUGGACAUUUUCCCGGGGCAGAAAAGAAGCAGAGUCAUAAUGAAAUUCAGGCCACAAAUUCUUCUCAGGAAUGUGAAAAUCUCGACACACCCAUGGGUGAAGAUUUACAUCUUGAGAAACCUGAAAUGAAUGAACAAACAGUCCAGCCUGAUACCCACAGACAAAAAGACAAGGCAACUGUGAUUCACUCCGAAGCUUCACCACAUGCCAGCAAUGGAGCUACAAGGGAUAAGAGAUUUGCGAAUCGUGCUGAAGAAGGUUCCAAGUCUGGUGGCAAAAGAAAAAGGAGAAGAAGGUCAAAUGAUAAUUUUCCUGAAGACAAUUUCCGCGCAAGACGGUCUAUGACCCAACACCUCUCACCAAAGGUGCCCCGUCUCGGCUCAGUUGAGACACGAUCACCCAAAGUUGGUGACAAACCAUCACAAGUGCAUUCCUGGAGAGAUGGGCGUCUGCCAUCGGUUGAUCAAAGGAACUUUUCUACAUAUCAGCAGCGUCGGCCCCAAAAUGUAUAUGAUGGAAAUAAGGGAAUGGACAGCAUGCCAAGGCCGAGGAUGUACAGCUUGAAUGGCGACGAACCCUUUCCAACUCUAGCCAGUCGACACCCUUAUGCCCCAAGCCCGAUGCCAGACUAUGAUUUAAGGGCAUCAUUUGAGCACUCGUAUGCCCCAAGUCCCAGGCCCGAGUAUGGUUUAAGGGCAUCAGCCGAACGUUGGAUGGCACCUGAAGAGAGAGCUACCAAUCUGCCGCCUCAUCAUAGACUGCCGUCACACAUAUCAGAGGAAAUCGCCAAGUAUGGCAGAGAUCCGAAUUCUUGGAAUCAACAAGGAAUCCGUCCACUUCCUCCUCCUCCAUCCUACCCUGGACAGGGUUUUCUGCCCCCACAGGGACAAGUACGCCCAGCUUUCGACACUACCUAUGGAGGGAUGAAUAGUAAUACAUCAGCAAUGCAGCGCUAUGCCUCGCGUCUAGGGUUGGAGGAGGUGAAUCAUCCGCCUAUGGGUGCUAGACCGCCUGUGCUUGACCCGACUGGGAUGCUUCACCCACACCCCCCACCUAUGCAACAUGGUGGUUUUCCUUCGGCUCCGGGCCCCCGGCCAUAUCCCCACCAAGGCUCAUCAGGUUGGCUCAACGGUUAGGUGGUGUUCCGAUGUGGCGGCUAAACUACUCUUUUAUGGCUCAUGUAAAAUGGUGAUUCUUGAUUGACAGGGAUGAUCAGGUGCGUGUACAAAAUUGGUUCCAUUCAAACUUAUAUACCUGUGUUUUGAGGAUCGACCAUAAAUGUUGUAGAAUACAUACGUCAUUUCUUGAUUUUUAUUUUUUGGUUUGGGAUGUCUCCUACUA